AUGCCGUCUCGAAAACGCGCCGCCGAGGAAAUGGAGGCCGAGGCGCCUGUCGAAGAGCCCAGCACAUUGCAGAAACUGCGCAACAUGUGGCAGUUCUCCAACCUGGCCCAGUACAUCAGUCUGUUCGGCGACGCGGUCAAAAUCGACAAGGACUUUGACAUCGAGGAAUUGGAGUCUGAAUGCCUCAACCCACAGCCGUCCGAGAAACUUGCACAAAUUGGCCUAGCGCUGCUGAAGCACGUAUCGUCACACAAGGGCUUGACACCCGAGAUCUUUGAUGAAUACACCCGCCGACAGUAUGUCGCGAAAGCGCCCGCGCGAAACCCCUUUGGCGAGGAAGAGGAGCCCAACAAAUUCCACGAUUUCGACGUCUUCACCAAGAUACGCGUGUUGCAGCAGUUAUCUGUGUGGACGCUCAACAACCCAAACACAAUAAGAGAGAAAAUGGCAGCGACGGAUAACGAGCAGACGCUCUGGCGUAUGGAGCCCACAGGCUGGGACUCGCAAGAACGAUCGCUCUAUGUUCUAGAUGACAACCGCAUGUACCGAAUGACAGAUCCACCACCGCCUCCCGAACCUGCCAAAGCCAAAGCCAAACCAAAGUCCAGGAAAUCAAAAGGAUCGAGAUCCAGCAAGCGACAAAAGGCGUCUACUCCCGAGCCCGAAGAAGCCGCCGAUGAUGAGCAAGUAGCGGACGAACAUCAGCCUGAGACGAUAGACGACGGUCUUGGUGGUAAGAAGUGGGAGUGUAUCUGCGUUACCUUGGAAGACUACCAGGAGUACAUGAACAGUAUCCGGAAGAGUCGCGACCCAAACGAGAAGAUACUCUACAAAAGGCUCCAGGAGGACGUCAUCCCUGUUAUGGAGGGGCUGGCAGAGGAGCAAGCGAGAAAGCAGGCCCGCAAGUUGAAAGAGUUGGAAAACUUGCAGAAACUUGCCACGGCAAAGCGCUCAUCCCGAAUCUCAUCGCGCCUUGAAAAGCAGAAAGAGGUGGAAGAGGCUGAGGCUGCAGAACGUAAGAGGCGGGAGGAGCUUGCCAUGGCCAAGGCAGAGCAAGAGAGACAGAAGAAGAUGGAGGAAGCACAAGACUCUCGCAGGAUGACUCGUGAGCAACGGCUAAAAGAGCGUGAGACGGCCAAGAUCCUCAAAGAAGAGGAGCUGCGCAAGCUGCAAGAGAACGAACAAAAACUGGCCUCGAAUAAUGCAAGACUAUCGGAGCGGCACCUGAAGGCCAUGAUGAAGAAGCACGAAAGUGACCUCAAGAGGCUCAACGAGGAAGAAGACUGGUUCUUUGACUGCGAGAAGUGCGGCACCUAUGGCUCUAACCUCAACGACAACACGCCUCAGAUAUCAUGUGAGAAGUGCAACGUUUGGCAACACAUGAAGUGCCACGGCAUUACAGAAGAACAGGCCGAUGAUUCGAAGUUUGUGUUUGUCUGUACUGCCUGCAAACGUAAAGAGGAAGAGGCGGAUCAACCGAAGCCUCAGUCUCUCAAGUUACGAUUGACAUCACAAUCGCCAUCUUCUCAAAGCCUAGCAGAAGCAAAUGGCAACGGACCCUCCAUGCCACGACUACCAGCACCGCAAGCCUUCCAGCCGUCUAUGCAUCCUGUACAGCCGUGGGUCGAUGGCCCAAGUCUAUCUCCUCGUGGUCAAGCUUUGGGUCCGCCUGGUAUACAAAGAUCGGAAGCUGCCUAUGGAUCGCCCACAAAGGGCACAAACGGUAGCAUGUCAUCACCGAUACGAUCUCACUUCUCAUCCCCUGGCCACAGAACUGGGAACGGUCAUCCGACGUCUUCACCUCCACCUUACAACCUCGAGCGAAUACCGAGCAGCCCAACCAAAAGCUUCCACAUGCCACAACCACAGCAGAACGGCAGCUCAUUUGGGGGCCCAAAUCCGUUCGAUUCCAACCCCUUUGGACCACCACAGCCGGCAGCACCACCGUACGCGCGAAGCUUCAGUCGCCCAGCAUCAGCAGCAGGCCCAGGCGGCUCGCCAGUAAAACACUCUCCGGCGGCCUCUCCCCGUCCAGCCAACGGUCUACCACCUAGUUUCAACUUCAACAGCCCACAUUCUUCUUUCCCACCUAGCUCGGCCAACCGUCCAUCAUUCUCCCCGACCAAACAUAGUUCGCCCGCACCUCUUCCAGCAAACAUGUCAUCACCGGCCCCAGCACCAAUGCGUAUAGCUCCGUCUCCAUCGUCCCAAAUGCCUGCCCAGAUGCUCCCCGAUCCCAUCCCAGCGCCAUUGAAGCACGAUGGUAUGCGGCCAAUAUCGAGUCAUCAGAUGUCUGAGACACCCAUCUUUCCGCCAGUUAAGAGCCUGGAACCCCUUUCUAGCCCCACGAUCCUUGACCCACCUGUUAAAAAGUCGAGUCCUGCGCCGGACAGGUUUCUUGAUAGGAUGAAUGGUUUGAAUGGGGUUGGACAUGGUAGCAGUCAGUAA